UCGUCAAGGAUAUCUCUCCCCAUACCAUCAUGAUUCUUCUGGAUGAAGACUCCAAGACUCCCUCCUCAUCCUCGAGUUCGUCCGCCGCUGGGCCAUCGGGAUCGUCCCGUGCCAACCACAUCAGUACUGCUCCGGCAGUUGGCCCACCACCUUCGUUUGAGGAAUCUGUUCGGAGAGCGUCUGAACACCUGUUGAUCGAUUUGGACGACGACCUCGUCGCCAACGCUCCUGCAUCCGCCCCGUACCAUGCCGAGUACACGGUGAACAAGGAUGGAAAGAUCGUGUCCACGGAUCAACAUCUUAAUCAGGAUGCCGAAGCCUUGCGCCGAUUCAUAGUGCAACACGGCUCAACGCCGCCGACCUUCGUGUUCCGUUGCAAGGGAACGCAUACCGAGACCUACAUCGAAUCGGACGGCCCGAACUGGAAGCAUAGCACGUCAAGCUCACGCGAGAUCGUGGAACAGCCCGAACCGAGCGUUUCUACCCACGUGCAUCUUCACUUUGGGAGCGUUCAGGAGGACAGCGGGGGCCGGCGUCCUCGUCGACCUCGUUCAAGGGUAGACGACGACUCAUCCUCCGACUCUGCUACUGGCGAAGACGCGAAUGUAACCGCAGCUUCGCGGCGCCAACGUGGCAAGGAUCGCAAGACUGAGAGCGAACCCAACGUUCAAACCAAGCAUGUUACAGACUUCAACUUCCUCAUCUCCAUCUCGCCGCAUAUCCUCGAGCGGCUCUCGCACCGCGUCCUGCCCGGAUCUGUUGCCACUUAUCGCGGUAACCUGACCCGCGAAACCCAGCUCGUUGAUGAGAACGGGCGAGUCAGUAGAGGGAGCGUGUCGUCACAUGGGAGUGAACCGGAAAAUGAGCACGGCGUACGGUGGGAAGCGGAGGGGUCGAAAACGGGAGAGGAGGUUUGGGCAAGGAGGCUUAGAGAGGCGUGUGAGGAGUACUGCAAUAGCAGCAAAGGUGUCAAGGAAUUCGUAUAUAAGAAGAUUCUGAGAGGGUGGAACAUCCCUGGACUCACGACCGCCGUGCACGCCUCUAUCCUAGCCACCGGCUACACUGGCGACGUCUCCGUUACCUUCGUCCCUCUCCCUGAAGCGUCCAAUAUGGUCGUCGUCAGGCAGGACAGUAUCAGUUCGCGGUGGUUGGGCGGCGCUUAUUGGUGGUCUGUCGGGAUGUUGGCGUGGAUUGGAUGGCCAGGCGCGAAGGAGUGGGCGGGGCGCUGGGACGUAGCGAGGGGCGUAUGGUCGCUCAGGCGAACUACGACUGUGGAAGGAGGCAGUGGAGAAGAGGGCGCGAAGGAGGGGGAAUGGUUCAGGAGUUGGGAACCAACCAUUCGGACAUGCGUGCUUGGGAGAAUGAAGAGCGAAGUACCGAUGACCAUGCCGUUGGAGGGGAUGGCGAUGAGGGCUGGGAUGGACCUAGGAGGAUAUGUAGUGCUUCAACCCCUGGGUUUGUAGGACAUGGAGACGACCAAUGAACUAUCAGGAUUACAUGAGUCCCAAUUGUUUGCCUUCACUAGUGCUAGCUUUCGUUGCGUGUCUGAUGUAACUGACAUGAAGUGUUUGUACUGUUGUACUCUACAUGGUAUGUAAAGUAGUACCACG